AAGAUACAAGUACUGGCUAGUGUUUCUCUUUCGAUCUCUUUCUCUUCUCGUAUAUAAACUUUUAGGUCAAUCAACUAAUCAGAAAGAUCGAUGAUCAGAAAUGGAGAGGAGAGUGGAGAACGAUGAAGUAUCAACUCGGCCUUCUUUAGCUUUUCCUCUGGGUUUGGCUCUUCUUCUUCUUAUGCUACUGAGCAUCUGCACCUUUUUCUUGUGCUGUAUCCACUGGGACAGAGUUCGAUCUCUCUUCUUAUCCUCUCUCGAUCAAGAUCAAGACCCAGAUCAAGACGAGUCAGAUCAGAAACCUGCAUGUACGAAAACGAUGGAAAAUCAAGAUCAAUUGCAGAGCUUGCCGGUACUGAUGCCUGGAGAUCAUGUUCCAAAGUUCUUAGCAAUUGCAUGCCCCUGUGAACUUCCGGCGGUGGAGAAGAAGAUCACAGUGAUAGUAGACAAGUCUACUAGCUAGUUUGUACUUUGUAUAUGAUGCUAACUGUAUAUAGCUAGUUAAUUGUUAUAGUAUUUUUCCUUUUUUGUCUUUCGACAGAAUGAGCGGUAUGUAUAUGAUUUCGUAUGAUAUUAUUUUUAAAGAAGAAAUUGAUUCUUUGCUGCAGAGGUCCUAGUUCUGACUUCUGAGAGGUACGGUGGUAACAGAAGUACGGUGGUAACAGAAACUAGGAAAACAAGCUAGGGGAUGCUAACUAGUAGUCUAGUAUAAUUCCUUUUC